AUGGGAUCGGAUUGUUCGACAUGUCUAUCGCUGGAUCAGAAAUGGGGUUGUAUUUGGUGUGAUAACGCAUGUAGUCAUUUAUCGCAGUGCAUCGCACCAUCUGAUCAACUAGUGUCCCACUCAGCUGAUGCGUUGUGUCCAAAACCUUUCAUUGAAUCCUUCGAACCAAAAUCUGGCCCUCUGGAAGGUGGAACACUAGUAGAAAUUCGAGGACGUGAAUUGGGAAUUUCAUUACAAGACAUCAAGGAUCGUGUUUUCAUUGGUGGAUCAAAAUGUGAUGUCUUGCAAUAUGUCGUGUCGAAACGGAUAAUUUGCUCGAUCAUGUCAGGCUCGGGCUCGAGCCCUGUUCAGUUGAGAUUCGGUAAUUCAGGAAAGCGUUUCGCUGAUUCAGAGUCUCGUUUCAAAUUCGUUGACCCACAACCGAAAUCGAUAUAUCCUUCGUAUGGACCCGUGUCGGGUGGGACGAAAGUUGUGAUUUACGGCACGAAUCUGAAUGUUGGAUCGAAUAUGAGUGUUUUCGUUGGUGAACAUCGUUGUCAGUUGUUGCGUGAUGAGAAUGAAAUGAACGGUGCUUUGACGUGUUUAACGGGUCGCGUUCAUCGGCCGCAGGUUAUCGCUUCAAUUCGCAUCCAAAUUGAUCGAGCUGAGCGGAUAUUAGAACGAAAGUUUGAGUAUCGAGAAGAUCCGGUCAUUCGUUCAAUAUAUCCAACUUCUGCGUUCGAGAGUGGGGGUCGAUUGAUUACUGUCGAGGGUUCAAACCUGGAUACAAUUCAAAAGCCAAAGAUGUAUAUCGCGUCAAUCGACUCCAAUUCAAACGAAGAAUUAAUCUCAUCGAUCAGUGACUGUCAAGUCUCAAAUUCCUCUAGUAUGUUGUGCCGUAGUCCUAAGAUAAAUCUACCUCCGUCCGUAUCCCCGUCCACCUAUUCACGAUGGCCUGUUGGCUUCCUUCUGGAUAACGUCCAGUCGACUCUUGCAAGCCUAUCAUCCGUACAGAUCACGAUCGUUCCCGAUCCGCAGUUCGUUCCAUUCAAAGGCAUUCGAAUUCAUCGACCUGAUCAGCUGUUCUUGAUCGAGGGUAAUUAUCUAUCCCAUGCUGCGUCUGCAGAAGACUAUAAGAUCUAUAUUGGGAGCUCGCGAUGUAAGGUGACUUUGUUGGAUAAACGUCAACUGAUGUGUCGUGCACCACUGAAAGAACCUCGGGCGACGGACGAGAAGGGAAAUGAAGUUGAGGGUGGAAGACCUUUACUGACCGUUAUUAUCGGCUCCAUCAGGCAUGAACUUGGUUUCGUCGAGUAUGAAUCCAGUGCUUUGAGGUUAUCGUUAUCGCGAUUGUUACUGCUAUUAAUUGGUGGCGUAUUGGUUUGCACGAUAGUUACAGUUUUGGCUUUUAUAAUGUAUAGACGGAAAAGGGAUGAACGCGAGAAAGACUACAAAAGAAUCCAGCUGAAAAUGGAAUAUCUCGAGUUUAAUGUGAGGAAUGAGUGUAAACAGGCAUUCGCCGAACUGCAAACCGAUGUCACAGACUUGACGAUGGCUGUAGAAGGAUAUGGGAUUCCAUUCCAAGAUAAAUCUGAAUUCAUUUCGAGAUUGCUCUUUAAGGAUAUAAGACCCAUCAAUACAAUGCUUUCAACAUCUUCUCUUUAUUCAAGUCAUUCGUCUGUGGCGUUGGCCCAGUUCGAAUCGUUGAUGAACGACAAACGAUUUGUGUAUUCGAUUGUCGAGAUGAUCGAAUUGGAUAUUUCGUUUAGUAUCGACGAGAAGCGAUAUAUCUCCUCAUUGUUAAUCUCCUCACUUUUCCCAAAUUUCGUUUAUUUCACUGAUGUUAUCCUGUCGUUGAUUCACAUCCACAUCAGCAAUGCCAUCCAGGUGCUUAUCUUUACUUCACUGUUCAUCUGCUUUUGUUUCGCUUGUAAACCUCUUCAACGGACUAAUUCAUAA